UUAGGCCCUUAGUACAUCACAUCCCUAGAAUAAAUGAGAGCAUGAUGAUGGCUCCCCAGUGAGAAGCACUGCACAUACUCCUGACGGCCCGCAGAGGGCGCAAGAGGCCUGUUAGUUGUAGCCGCCAUUAAACAAAAGGAUCCAGAUAGAGGAGAGAGCUGAGAUCAGGGCGCAGAGCUAGGACAGGCCGAAGCCUGAGCAAAGGAAAAGAUCGGGAGAAAGAUCGGAGCAGAGCAACGCAGGAGGCCGGGUACAGGAGCGCGGGUUCCGGACGGGGGAGCAGGAUACAGUUGGCAGUGAAGAUCUAUCGUCUGCAGGCCGUGGCUUGGGGUGACGGAGCCUUGGCUGACCAGCAGGAAAGGCUGGGACUGGAAGCACCGAGCCCGGGUUUAAAAUCAAGAUAGACCAGGGCCAGAGUGGGAUAUGAUGUUUCCUCAAAGCAGCAGCCGCCAUUCGGGCUCCUCUCACCUGCCCCAGCAACUCAAGUUCACAACCUCCGAUUCCUGUGAUAGGAUUAAAGAUGAGUUCCAGCUGCUUCAGGCACAAUAUCACAGUCUUAAGCUGGAAUGUGACAAGUUGGCCAGUGAGAAAUCGGAGAUGCAGCGGCACUAUGUCAUGUAUUAUGAAAUGUCCUAUGGACUGAACAUUGAAAUGCACAAACAGGCUGAAAUAGUGAAGAGGUUGAAUGGAAUCUGUGCUCAGGUGUUGCCUUAUCUCUCUCAGGAGCACCAGCAACAGGUCCUGGGAGCCAUCGAGCGAGCAAAGCAAGUGACUGCUCCGGAGCUGAAUUCCAUUAUCCGUCAGCAGCUUCAAGUGCACCAGCUGUCCCAGCUUCAAGCUCUCGCCCUCCCUCUUACCCCUCUACCUGUGGGACUGCAGGCACCUUCUCUGCCCGUCAGUGCCAGCAGUGGCCUGCUCUCCCUGUCUGCACUGGGUUCUCAAGGACACCUUCCCAAGGAAGACAAGAAUGGUCAUGAUGGGGAUCCACGGCCUGACGAUGAGGGUGACAAGUCAGAUUAAGCAUGGAGGAAACUUAGAUGGAUAAAGGUGCAGCGCAGUAGUAACUCUUAGCACUGCCAGGUGGAGUUACAUUGUAGAGCAUUAUCCCAUCAUGCACUGGAACAACCCCUUGUAUCCAAGGGUUUAUGAAAGCAGGAGACUGGCAAGGGGGUUAAUGCAUACAUUUUUUGGAUUGUAUAUGUAAAUUGGCUGAUAAUACUUUUAAUGAAAGCACAACCCCCCUCCCCAUGAUUUUAUACAGCAUUCACCGUCCUAUAAUAAUGCAUUAGUGUAGUCUUUAUGGUAACACUGAUUACAGCCACAAUGAGCAGUUUGGAGGCUGUAGUGGGGCUCACCCGCAGAGUUGGCUAGCCCUAAUGUACCACUGUGCUACUGCUUGUCAUUCCCUCCACCUCACACCUAUCAGUUGGCAACAGGAGGCUGUUCCAUAUAAGUGUGGAGACCAUUUUAAAGUACAUCCAACACCUACACUGUUGAGGUGGCCAUUUUGUGGAGUGUUUAUGAGCUCCUACCACCUCAUGAAAACCAUCCUUGUUCAAUUGCUAGGCUGUGUUCUAAGCAUAUUUCCCCAACCCAGAAAAUGUCUGCCUCUAUUAUGUAUAAGUGAUGCUUUUCACAGCAUUCCUACUUCUUUUCCAGACAGGCAUAUUUGGCGUAUUAAAAGGAAGGCCAAUUUUAUUUCCUUAAUACUCUCUACCAGAUGCAAGCUAUGCUUCCCAAUUGAAUGAUUGCAGACUGAUAUCUGUACUUGUUCAAUGCAUUAUUUUCUUUUGGAUCUGUAUUACCCUGUUCCAUCCUUUUUACUAUCUAAUGAAAUACUUGUUUGGAGAGAGCUUUUUUCAGGUAAUCCUCCACCUUUUAAUUGCAUUGUGUAACUUCCAAUCCUAGUGUUACACAGAUAACCUAUUUACCAACUGCUGAUCUGAGUUUUGUUGCAAAAGAUGUUCUUUUGUCCCCAAAAAUCACCACAGCAACUAAUCGGCCAUCAACUUUCAUUGAUCUCGUGUUAAUUAGACAAUGAGUGCAAGUGUGAUUUGUUGCCAUGGGUAACUGCACAUCUGUAUUUUUCCACUUAACCUCCUAAUGUAAAAUGAAAUCUGCGUCCAAAUAAAAGUGAACAAAGGCGUCAAUUAGCCUGCUGUAAGAAUAUAUUGUUGAUAGGUUCAAUAACGCUAUUCGCUAUACUGCCCUCUAUGGUUAUGAGGGUAUAGUUUCCAAUAAAUGGUAGCAUUUUGUCUUGAGUGAAUCCUCCUAUUCACCCUCCUUUGAAAGGUAAUACUGUCAGUUCUAGACCUCUGAACCCUGUGUUCUGGAAAGAGUUAAAAGCUCCUCAAUCUCUGCAUAAUAGCGCUGCAUCUUUAAUCCAGUUAUUGGAAGGAGGGGGGAAUAUAAAAAAAUAUAUAUAUAAUUUUAACCCUCUGUCUGCCAAGCCAUUGCGUGGCAUUGUAAGAGGUUAAAAGACAUUCAGAAGCGGACACCCCUCCAUAUAUUUGUAAGGUAGCGUGUACCCAGACCAGGUGUGUGCUCUGUACAUAGUCCUGUAGAAAUGCUCAAAAUGCCUCCUUUAAUCCUUGAGGUUUUUUUUUCCUCUUCUUUUUUUGUGUCUGAUCACUGACCAUGUUGAUAUUCUGUGUGGAGGGUGUAACUGUGCCUUUUACAAUAAAUUGUUUCAAUGCCUGCUCAAA